AUGAACGAAUCGAUUAGAAUUCGAUUUAUAUCGUUAUCAACAUCGAUACUAUCAAUAUUAUUAUUAUUAUUAUUAUGUGAUGAUGAAAAUCAAAUAUUAGCAACGGAUAUCGUUUUGAAAGAUCAAAUUAAACUACCAGAACUUGAUUUGAAAACACAACGAUUGAAAUCAGAAUCGAUAAUUUACAUCACAAAACCCGGUCGUUAUGCAUUCUAUAUUGAUGAUGAAAAAUUAUUAAAAAUCAAAGGACAAAUAUAUUUUACUACAUCAAGGUUGAAUCAAUCGAUUGGUAUCUUUUUGAAUGAACGUAAUUCGUCCUGUAUUAAUAGUCAAAAUUAUUAUUUAAAUUAUUAUGAUGGUUGGAAAUUUCAAAAUGGUCGUCGAUUUCCAUCACCUGGUCAACAUGCUGAACCAUUUAAAACACGAAUUUGUGAAAGUAAUCAAACAUAUGAAAUGGAAAUGAAUCAUAUAUUUUUCAGUUCACAAAAUUUCGCCAUGAUUACAUAUCGUAUACCGAUAAUUAAUACCGGUUUUACAUUUACAUUUAUGCUUAGAGAUAUUGUUAAACCAUGUAAUGUUAUGUUUUAUGAAGAAAAACAUGAACAUGGAAGAUCACCAUUUAUACGUGAUAAAUAUGUGUUACAGAAUUUUCAUCGUGAAAUUAAUUGUUCCGCAUAUAUAUUUCAACAACGUAAACAUAAAUAUUCACCAUACUUACAAAUAGUUCGAUCAAAAGUUGGACAAAAAAGAAGACACAAUAAUUCAAGAAUCAUACCUGAUAAUAAUAAGGAAUCGUGUGAAACAUUACACGCAAAAGAUUAUAUUGAAAUUGGUGGUGAUUCACAUUUAGAAUCAGAAUCACAUAAAUUUCAAGUUGCAUUCGAUUUCUGUCCCGAACAUGAUGAUCAUUUAAUAUCCGAUAUCCGUACUGAUAUAUUGAUCGAUUGUCGUAUAAUAACAAUACGUUUAAUAUCUAGUGGUAGAUAUGUAAAUUUUAUUCAAUUUAAAUAUCUACCACCACGUAUGAGAUAUGUUUGUAAUUGGCAAUAUGAUCUUGAUCCAGAUGAUGAUAAUUUGGGGAAAAGAAAAGAAUAUUCACAUUUAUUUUGUUGAAUCAUCAAUAAUGAUUUAUAUUAAUUUUUUUCUGUUUAAACCAAGAGAUUCAUCAGAUUUC